UUGGCCUAAUAGACACCUUCCAUCCUUGCCCUUCCUCCCCCCUCUUCCGCCCGCGGCGGCUCAAACUUAAACCCUAGAGACGCUCCUCGCCUCGCUCUGCCGCUCUCCCCGACCCGAAUCCCCAAUCCCCCAGGGAGGCACUCCAGGGCUGCUUCUGCCGCUAUGGCUCGCGUCUACGUGGGGAAUCUGGAUCCGCGCGCGACUGCGCGCGAGAUUGAGGACGAGUUCCGCACGUUUGGGGUUCUGAAGAGUGUGUGGGUUGCUAGAAAACCACCAGGAUUUGCUUUCAUUGACUUUGAUGAGACCAGGGAUGCAAAAGACGCAAUUCGUGAAUUGGAUGGUAAGAAUGGAUGGAGAGUUGAGCUGUCAACCAAAUCUGGCAGCGGCCGUGGCCGAGAACGUGAAUCUCGAGGUUCUGACAUGAAGUGCUAUGAAUGUGGUGAAAGUGGCCACUUUGCACGCGAAUGUCGGCUACGGAUUGGUUCUGGGGGUCUGGGUAGUGGAAGACGCCGCAGCCGAAGCCCAAGGCGCAGCCGUAGCCGUAGCCCAAGAUAUCGUAGGAGCCCAAGCUAUGGUAGAAGGAGCUACAGCCCACGGGAUCGGUCUCCCAGGAAGCGAAGUUACAGCAGAUCACCACCGCCUGCCCGCAGGUCUCCACCGCCUCCUCGUGCGCGUAGUAUCAGCAGGUCUCCGCCGCCUCCCCGCGCACGUAGCAUCAGCAGGUCUCCACCACCACCUCCCCGUGCCCGAAGCAUCAGCAGGUCACCACCACCUUCCCGUGCCCGAAGCAUCAGCAGGUCACCGCCGCGCGCCCGCGAGAGGAGCUAUAGCAGGUCCCCUGCACAGCCACCCCAGCGCGAAGAGUCCCCUUAUGCAAAUAAUGCCUGAGGGCUUAGCUCUGCAAAUGCUGGAAUUUGUUGGGGACCCUCGGUUUGUUUCCCGGAAUGUUUUUUUGUAUGACUAUUGGACUGCCAUGCGUCUGAGCAUGUUCUUCGUUAGCAUUUCUGUAACUUUUUGUGAAGAGUCUGGCUGCUGAUACAGUUGGUGAAGCAGGAACCUAGCGUUUCCCUAUUGACUGAUGACUUGAGAGUAUGUAGUUGGUCUGAAGACAAGACAUGUUUCUCCUCUUUUGGAUUAUUCGGAUGCAUUGCAUGGAUAUUUUUAUGUGAUGAAAUUGUUGUGCUA